AUGUCUUAUGGUGCGGCCGUCGGUUUCGUCACAAUUCUCCUUCUCUUCUCUUCUUUAUCAUUGUCAAACAGUAUGUCUGUGAAAGCGGUAAAGGGUUUCGAUCGACGGGCGAAAGAAGAACAGUGGUUAGCAGAUAGGAAUCUGUUUUUGGAUAUUGACAAUGCCCGCUCGGACACUAUCGACAAUAUCACCGAUGCCUUCCUUAGCAUCACAAAGAGGUUGGUGAAGACUGGUCAUUUGAUGAUUGAAACUAAACGUCGUUUGAUGGUGUUUACCAAUGAAGUUGGCGAUAUGAGUUAUGAUUCGAAGUGGGCCAUGUUGGGUUGGCUUGCUGCUAUGUUUCUCUUUCCCAUCAUUACAGCAGCAGUCGUAGCUGUAAUUAUCGCUUUGUUCUUCCAAAAUGAACUUACCAACUUGCAAAUUUUUUUGCAUACUCGUUGGGAUGUGGACGAUAAGCCUGAUAUCAUCACCGAGUGCAAGGCAAAGCAACGUUUGGGUAAUUUAGCCAUGCAACGUUUGUAUCUUAAAAUGAGUCGACAUCCAGAGAGAUUCCUCCCAAAACAGGCAAAACGUGAUCCAGAAGCAUUGAUACGUGAAAAGACCGAACUAACACAAUUAAAUGAAGCGAGUCACGCGGAAGCACAUGUUCCAGGCAAAAGCUCGUCGCAUACCUUGGUCAAAAUGUUGUGUUUAGCAAUACCUGAUAUGCUCUAUUUUCACCAGCAAACUUAG